GUGAAAGAGGGCAUACAGAAAUCGUCAAGUUAUUACUGGCUAACAGUAGAGUGAAUCCUGAACAAGAAUACUCUAAAUACAGCCAAGUGCCACUGUGGCGUGCAGCUGAGAUGGGGCAGGUGGAAAUAGUCAAACUUCUACUCAAAGACGGGGUCAACCCUGACUCUAAAUCUGCUUAUGGGCGAACGCCAUUGUUAUAUGCAGCAGAGAAAGGAUACGAGACUAUAUUGAAAUUACUACUUGAGAAAGAUGAGGUUGACCCUGAUUCUAAGGAUCCUGAAUAUGGACGAACGUCACUUUCAUGGGCCGCAGCGAAUGGGCAUGAAGAUAUAGUUCAACUACUGCUCAACGAAACCCGAGUUGAUCCCAAUUCUCGGUCUAAAAACGGACUGUCACCUAUAACGUGGGCUGCACGGUUUGGGCGCGAGAAGGUGGUUCGCUUAUUACUGAUGAAGGAAAUGGUCAAUCCCGAUCCCAAAUGUAAUUGCGGGCGAACACCAUUAUCGUACGCAGCAGGAAGGGGCCACGAUGUGGUGGUUCGUAUGCUUCUCAAGAACCACGGGGUGGAUCCUGGCUCCCAAGAUUUUGAGUAUGGACGAACACCACUGUCAUGGGCCGCAUUGAACGGUCAUAAAACCAUCGUUGAUAUUCUUCUCAAGCACAAACACUAUAUAAAUCUAGAGGCAAUAUAGCGGUGCCGCAGCAUGCAGCCCUAUUAAUGCGAC